AUGCCCACCACCUCGACCAGUGCCCAGACAAGAGUCACCGUGCCCACCACCUCUACCAGUGCCCAGACAAGAGUCACAGUGCCCACUACCCCUACCAGUGCCCAGACAAGAGUCACCAUGCCCACCACCUCUACCAGUGCCCAGACAAGAGUCACAGUGCCCACUACCCCUACCAGUGCCCAGACAAGAGUCACAGUGCCCACUACCCCUACCAGUGCUCAGACAAAAGUCAUUGUGCCCACCACCUCUACCAGUGCCCAGACAAGAAUCACAGUGCCCACUACCCCUACCAGUGCCCAGACAAGAGUCACCAUGCCCACCACCCCUACCAGUGCCCAGACAAGAGUCACCAUGCCCACCACCCCUACCAGUGCCCAGACAAGAGUCACCAUGCCCACCACCCCUACCAGUGCCCAGACAAGAGUCACCAUGCCCACCACCCCUACCAGUGCCCAGACAAGAGUCACAGUGCCCACCACCCCUACCAGUGCCCAGACAAGAGUCACCGUGCCCACCACCUCUACCAGUGCCCAGACAAGAGUCACCAUGCCCACCACCCCUACCAGUGCCCAGACAAGAGUCACCAUGCCCACCACCCCUACCAGUGCCCAGACAAGAGUCACCGUGCCCACUACCCCUACCAGUGCCCAGACAAGAGUCACCAUGCCCACCACCCCUACCAGUGCCCAGACAAGAGUCACCAUGCCCACCACCCCUACCAGUGCCCAGACAAGAGUCACCGUGCCCACCACCUCUACCAGUGCCCAGACAAGAAUCACAGUGCCCACUACCCCUACCAGUGCCCAGACAAGAGUCACCAUGCCCACCACCCCUACCAGUGCCCAGACAAGAGUCACCAUGCCCACCACCCCUACCAGUGCCCAGACAAGAGUCACAGUGCCCACUACCCCUCUACCAGUGCCCAGACAAGAGUCACCGUGCCCACUACCCCUACCAGUGCCCAGACAAGAGUCACAGUGCCCACUACCCCUCUACCAGUGCCCAGACAAGAGUCACCGUGCCCACUACCCCUACCAGUGCCCAGACAAGAGUCACCAUGCCCACCACCCCUACCAGUGCCCAGACAAGAGUCACCGUGCCCACCACCCCUACCAGUGCCCAGACAAGAGUCACCGUGCCCACCACCCCUACCAGUGCCCAGACAAGAGUCACCGUGCCCACCACCCCUACCAGUGCCCAGACAAGAGUCACCGUGCCCACCACCCCUACCAGUGCCCAGACAAGAGUCACCAUGCCCACCACCCCUACCAGUGCCCAGACAAGAGUCACCGUGCCCACCACCUCUACCAGUGCCCAGACAAGAGUCACCGUGCCCACUACCCCUACCAGUGCCCAGACAAGAGUCACAGUGCCCACUACCCCUCUACCAGUGCCCAGACAAGAGUCACCGUGCCCACUACCCCUACCAGUGCCCAGACAAGAGUCACCAUGCCCACCACCCCUACCAGUGCCCAGACAAGAGUCACCAUGCCCACCACCCCUACCAGUGCCCAGACAAGAGUCACCAUGCCCACCACCCCUACCAGUGCCCAGACAAGAGUCACCGUGCCCACCACCUCUACCAGUGCCCAGACAAGAGUCACCGUGCCCACUACCCCUACCAGUGCCCAGACAAGAGUCACCGUGCCCACUACCCCUACCAGUGCCCAGACAAGAGUCACCAUGCCCACCACCCCUACCAGUGCCCAGACAAGAGUCACCGUGCCCACCACCUCUACCAGUGCCCAGACAAGAGUCACCGUGCCCACUACCCCUACCAGUGCCCAGACAAGAGUCACCAUGCCCACCACCCCUACCAGUGCCCAGACAAGAGUCACCGUGCCCACCACCUCUACCAGUGCCCAGACAAGAGUCACCGUGCCCACCACCUCUACCAGUGCCCAGACAAGAGCCACCGUGCCCACUACCCCUCUACCAGUGCCCAGACAAGAGCCACCGUGCCCACUACCCCUACCAGUGCCCAGACAAGAGUCACCGUGCCCACUACCCCCUACCAUUGGCGUUACAGCCAAGAGUUUCCGCGGACAGUUUAUGAUCAUAAGCAUUUCCACACCUAUCGCUCGCCUGCCCUCCUAUUAG